UUGGAAUUGUUAUUUUGUCAUUGAAGAUAUGGAUGGUUGAGCCGCAUCGUCCACCGUACUGCGGUGUCGAGCCGCAGCACUAGGGCAACCAGUGACGGUCAGCUUCAUGUCCCGCGCGUGCGAACUGAGCUUGCCCGGCGCUCAUUCAUCUGUCGCGCAACUCGUUCAUGGAAUGAGUUGCCUGCGCCUGUUCGAAGCUGCACCGGUCUGGCGGCGUUCCGUAAAAAGGUGAGGUCCAGCCGCCAUGGGCCAGUCGGACUCGAGCCCGCUGUCAGCGCCCGUGCUGCGCGCGCGCGACACGGUUCUGCGCCGCGCCGCGCCGCUGCACCAGCUCACCACAAUGCCCUAUGACCAGCUGCUGGCGCGCGUCGACUCACUGAACGCGCUCUGCGAUCAGCUGCGUGACGGUGCCGGACGCCGGCUGCGUUUCGUCGUGGACGCCGGCUCGGCCGCGGCGCCAGUGCUGUGGCGCGGCCUGGUGCGCAUCGACUGCGAGCGGCUGUCGGCCGGCGGCCUGGCAGAGGCGCGCCGGCCGCUCUCGCUGCGCCAGUUCCUGCAGGCGCGUGCCACGCUGCAGCAGCAGCACGCCUGGCUGACGGCGCAGGCGCCGGCCGGCGCGACGGCGCCCUGCACCACGCGUCUGCUGGACGCGCUCGACUCUGACGACGGCUGCUGCUGCAUCUGCCUGGAGCGGCGGCCGGACACGUCGCUGCCCUGCGCGCACGCCUACUGUGCCGUGUGUAUCGAGGAGUGGAGCGGCGGCGCGGCGCACCGGCCGUGUCCCAUGUGCCGGCAGCAGCUGAGCGGCACCGACGACGCCUGGGUGCUGGCCGAGGCGCCCAGCUGCUCCCAGCUGCGCCACCAGGUGGCCACCAGUCUAAUGCAGCUGGCCACCGAGCAGCGCUAGUCGACCGGCACCCGGCCGCGCCGCAGCCCGGCCCCCCGCCUCCAUGAUGGAUCAAGGAGCAGAGUCGGUGGGCGUGCCGGCGCAGCGGUGACGUGGUCUUACCCAGCCACUGGAAGACGGACAGUCUUGGGACCGCACCGCUCUCCGCACUGUGACUGGAGACGGCGUGAUUAGGUACUGCUCAGACAUAACCGUGCCGCCAGUAUGCCGCUGGACCGUCAUGACGUGAUGGCGCUGCUCGCGCAGCUGGCAGAGGAGGAGGAGAUGCGAGUCACCGUGAAGGGCUCGGCUCAGGGCGCGCUGCUCGCCGGUGCAGGCGCAUUCUUCGGUGGCCUGCUGAUGGGUCCGGUGGGUUUACUGAUUGGCAGCACGGCCGGCGGCGGCGCCGGCUACGCGCUCUCGGCCGGCAAGUUCCGCUCAGCCGGCGAGGUGAUCCGGCAGCUACCUCCCGACCGGCAGUGUCAGCUGGAGCGCCGCGUCAACCACCUGGUGUCGCGGCUGACCGCGCAGGACGUGCUGACUGCGGUCACCAUGCUGGCGAUUGGCGGCGGCGCCGAGAUUCGCUCCCUCAUCAUCGCCCAGGUGGUGAAUUUCCUCACCAAUGAGAUGGCCAUGGAGGUGUCUGGCGUGCCGGGCCAAACGUGGUGAGACUGAGGCGCCGAGCGGCAGCAGGACGGGGGGAGGACAGCCGACUGCCCCUCUGCCGCCGUACGGUCGGGCACGCGCGGCAGGGACGAGAUUGGGCUGAAGGACACAGAGCGCCGACUCUCGAGGGUCUGAAUGUGGUGCUCUUGGACAGUCGAGUGUGUAUGUGUGUGCUGCCUGUAGGGGAAGGGGAGACGAUGUGGUGACCGUUGGACAUAACCCGGCAGUUGCUGGGGUAUUUCGCCACCCACCGUUUGCCGGGGGGGGGGGGGGGCGUUAAACGCCCCCAGCCGAUAACUCGAGAACCAAUAGGCGCAGCGAAACGCACGAGGCGGCAAACGAAAGAACGCGACGAGACGCUUCAGAUGAGUACUUUAAAGUUGAAUUUUAAGGUCACAGGUCGGGUCAAGGUCAGGUCAAACACCUGAAAUCGGGCUUUCAGUAGCAUGGACUUCAGGACUUCGCAAUGGGCGCCUCUCGUCAUAAACUCUGUCAAAACGGUGCACAGUCCAUCAUAUAAGGCCUACAAGAGUUUCAGCUCCAUGUAGGGGUCAGUCAAGCAUAGGUCAGGGUCAAGGUCAGGUCAACCGGGUAGGCACAUAUCCCCGAAAAUCAAAACUGAUAUUCGCAACCUGUGACACAUGUUUUAUGGGUAAUUUGGGGCGUAGAACACGAUGGUGACAUUCAUUUUAUCAUAUGUGUACGUGUUUGGCUCCAAAAGUUCAAUUUAAGAAAUGCAUGUAUCAUGGUCGUGAAGUAGUCACGAGAAAUUGCCAAGAUUCAGUUCAAGAUUUUGGAAAAUGCGGAGCGAUAAUCAAUAAUCGAAGAUAGCUAUUUGAUUGUUCAUGGUAUUGGCAGUCUAAUGGCGUUUACGGCAUGUCUGUAUGUCUAUUCUGUGAUUUUAUAUGAUUUUUUGAACAUAUGCCGUUUUUGGUCGAAAAUUCAGUAAUCAUGACAUCACUAAAACCUCGAUAUCUCAAUAAAAAAAUCCGACCGAUUUUUUUUUUUUUUUUUGAAACUUUGUCACAAUAAACUUCAAUCAAUUCCCUACAGGAACCCAAAAUUUGGCGCGCCUGCGGCGCGCCGUUUUUAUGUUAUGGCCCGGCGAAAAAGUGGGGGCGUUUAACGCCCCCCCCCCCCCCCAGCAACUCGCGGGUUAAUAUGCGUGAUAUCUAUUCUACGAAUGCUCUAUGAGCGGUAUACUGCCAGGAAAGCGUGUGUGACGGUGCUUCGGCUAGUGGCACUACCGGCCGCAUCUGCUAGAUGUGGGAAGAGGAGGAGGGUAUAAUCGUGGCAGACUGCUUGAUUGUCUGCAUUCACCGUGAUAUAUCAUUGAAGUGAACUAUUCUUCUAAACUGUAAACAUUGGCUCUGUACUUUGCACGCAAGCACAGCUGUACGCCAGCACUUAUGUCCUUGCCAAGAGGAAUGUGCGCAGUCAAGUGAAGCACAGUUGUGUGGUGGUUGAAGGGGCUGAUGAGCUGAAGUGACCUUGCUGUUGCGUGAAGAAUGAAACGAGAUGCUUAGGGUGUAAUAUGUGCUCUUUUGUGUACGAUUUUCUAAAUAUGCCUCAAGCACAUAUGGCUAAUGUGAACGUCACGUUGCGCUUGCCUUGAAUUGCUGUUUUGGAGUGAUCUCUGCGGCAAACGAAAUAAAAAUGGAAGGUUUUGAA